AUGGUUGAUCUCCCGAGUGCGGCAGCGCGUAUCGCUGUCAAUUUCCCUGACAUGGCGUUGCUCCCUAUGAUAGAAGCCGAUCGUGAGGCUCAGGUUGAAGCCAUGAAGAAGAGGUUGAACUGGAUGUCGGUGAUGGAUACAACAGCUGUACGCCUGUUGGAUACCGUACGAAGCGGUCGUGCUUCUGGUACCACGGCCAUGGUACAGCUUAACCAUAAGCAUCACAAAAGCGCCUAUGUUUUGCAUCGGAGCGGUUGCAAGUCCACUAAGCGCUGCGACAAGUGCACGGAGACAAAAUCUCGUUAUGAAGUAUGUAUUGUCUCUCCGUCCUUUCGCGGGCGUGCUCUCUACCACGGGGCCUGCUCGAAUUGCGUUGCACGAGGUCGUGGAAACGAUUGUUCGAUUCGUAGGGCGUUUGCCAAAGCGGGCAGCCAGAAUCUUGAUCCAGGGAAUAUUGGCGCCAUUCUCAGCUUUGGCGGUCUUGUGCGCACUUCCUUUAGCGAGGCCAAGAAGCUCAAGAAGUCGGAGGCUGUUGUAUUUUAUGAGAGUGAUGAUGAGAAGAUGGCGGCGAAGAACGGUGGUGAGUCUAUGAAGGAGGAACCGGAUGCUAUCGAGUCCGUCAUUCCUACUCCCAGUCAUAAGGCGACCGCCCCUAGUGUUUCUCUAUCUGAAGUCCUCGACGCCGUGAAUCGGGUUAGCGAUCGUUUAGUGCAUAAUACCGAUGCCGUCAAUCAAGUGCUACAGAGGUCCGCCAAGCUGGUAGCCUCUAUUGAGUUCCUGUCAUCCAACUUGCAGAAGGUUCCUGUGACUGCCUCGCCCAGGCCGACUAGCAGACAAUCUGCCCUAGUCAGUGGUACGAGCAGUAAUUUGGGGCCCUUCCCAACGUCGGGUAGUCUCAAAUUGCGCCCUUCUAAGUUUCUGUCUGGCUUACACCGUUCCCGCACUAUUGAUGACUUGGAUGAGGACAUAGUGGUUGCAGAGAAACUUCUUGCUUCUAAUCAGCAGAAGAAUAAGUAG